ACCAAACGGCCUGGGUGGAUAGAAGGGGGACAAGGAGGCACACCCAGGCCGGCAAAGAGCAGGUAUCAGCACUGCAAGCACCAAGUGUGUCUUGAGCUCAGUGAGUACUGGGUAUGUGUCACAUUGCCAAAUCCCGGAUCACAAGUCUCCAUGAACCGGCGGUGAGCUAGGAUAAUAAAACCCCUGACAUCACCAUUCCAGAAGCUUCACAAGACUGCAUAUAUAAGGGGCUGGCUGUAGCUGCAGCUGAAGGAGCUGACCAGCCAGCUGACCCCUCACACUCACCUAGCCACCAUGGACAUCGCCAUCCACCACCCCUGGAUCCGCCGCCCCUUCUUUCCUUUCCACUCCCCCAGCCGCCUCUUUGACCAGUUCUUCGGAGAGCACCUGUUGGAGUCUGAUCUUUUCCCGACGUCUACUUCCCUGAGUCCCUUCUACCUUCGGCCACCCUCCUUCCUGCGGGCACCCAGCUGGUUUGACACUGGACUCUCAGAGAUGCGCCUGGAGAAGGACAGGUUCUCUGUCAACCUGGAUGUGAAGCACUUCUCCCCAGAGGAACUCAAAGUUAAGGUGUUGGGAGAUGUGAUUGAGGUGCAUGGAAAACAUGAAGAGCGCCAGGAUGAACAUGGUUUCAUCUCCAGGGAGUUCCACAGGAAAUACCGGGUCCCAGCUGAUGUAGACCCUCUCACCAUUACUUCAUCCCUGUCAUCUGAUGGGGUCCUCACUGUGAAUGGACCAAGGAAACAGGUCUCUGGCCCUGAGCGCACCAUUCCCAUCACCCGUGAAGAGAAGCCUGCUGUCACCGCAGCCCCCAAGAAAUAGAUGCCCUUUCUUGAAUUGCAUUUUUUAAAACAAGAAAGUUUCCCCACCAGUGAAUGAAAGUCUUGUGACUAGUGCUGAAGCUUAUUAAUGCUAAGGGCAGGCCCAAAUUAUCAAGCUAAUAAAAUAUCAUUCAGCAACAGAUAA